CACCACAGGGCGGCUUUUUGUCUAGCCAUGGCGAGCUUGGCACACCAAUGCGCGUCUCGUCUCGAUUGUAGAUCCAGGAUCGAGCGAAUCGGCGCCCUUUCUAGCAUCCCUGGAGCUAAUCCAAGCAGGAUCGCAAGAACCAGGGGGCGGAUCUGUGGAGCGAUCGCCAGCAGCGGCACCGGUGGCGCUUCCGCUGCCCUUAUGGAGAAGCCGGCGCUGGAGAUGGAGGCUAGCGCGCUGUGGGAGAGGUAUGUGGAGUGGCUCUACCAGCACAAGGAGCUCGGCUUGUACGUGGAUGUGAGCCGGAUGGGAUUUAGCGAUGGCUUUGUCAAGGCGAUGGAGGAGAGGUUUGCAAAGGCUUUCAAGGACAUGGAGAAGCUCGAAGGCGGUGAUAUCUCCAAUCCGGACGAGAAAAGAAUGGUUGGCCACUACUGGCUGAGAAACUCCGAGCUUGCUCCAAGCUACUAUCUGAAGAAGCAAAUCGAUGAGACGCUCGAGGGAGUGAAGGCUUUCGCUGGAGAUGUUAUCAGCGGUAAGAUAAAGCCACCACCAUGCCCAGCGGGAAAAUUCACGCAUGUUUUGUCGAUUGGAAUUGGAGGCUCCGCGUUAGGACCUCAGUUUGUGGCCGAAGCCUUGGCACCUGAUAAUCCUCCUCUUGAGAUCAGGUUCAUUGAUAACACCGAUCCUGCUGGUAUUGAUCACCAAAUUUCUCAGCUCGGGGCCAAGUUAUCGUCUACUUUAGUGAUUGUUAUCUCGAAGAGUGGUGGUACUCCAGAGACUCGCAAUGGCUUGUUGGAAGUCCAGAAAGCUUUCCGGGAGAAGGGACUUGACUUUCCAAAGCAGGCUGUGGCGAUCACUCAAGAAAAAUCCUUGCUUGACACCACCGCUCGCAGUGAGGGCUGGCUUGCAAGGUUUCCAAUGUUCGACUGGGUUGGAGGGAGAACCUCUGAAUUAUCAGCCGUGGGACUUCUUCCAGCUGCGCUUCAGGGCAUCAACGUGGACGAUAUGCUUUAUGGUGCGGCAUUGAUGGACAAGGCCACGAGAAAGCAAUCGAUUAAAGAGAACCCCGCUGCUUUGCUAGCACUUUGCUGGUAUUGGGCCUCGAAUGGUAUUGGAUCCAAAGACAUGGUUGUUCUUCCCUACAAAGACAGCUUGCUCUUGUUUAGUCGCUACUUACAGCAGUUGGUGAUGGAGUCUCUUGGCAAAGAACUCGACUUAGACGGGAAUUUGGUAAAUCAAGGAUUAAGUGUGUACGGGAACAAAGGCAGCACAGAUCAACACGCAUACAUUCAACAGCUUAGAGAGGGUGUUUCAAAUUUUUUUGCAACUUUUAUAGAGGUUCUUCGGGACAGACCUCCGGGCCAUGACUGGGAGCUUGAGCCUGGCGUAACUUGUGGUGACUACCUGUUUGGUAUGCUUCAGGGGACCAGAUCCGCUCUUUAUGCAAACAAGAGGGAAUCCAUCACAGUAACUGUCCAAGAAGUCAAUGCUCGGACUAUCGGUGCGCUGAUAGCGCUGUAUGAACGAGCAGUCGGCCUCUAUGCGAGCUUGGUAAACAUUAACGCGUAUCAUCAACCAGGCGUCGAGGCAGGAAAGAAAGCAGCGGCAGACGUAUUGGCCUUGCAAAAGAGAGUUCUUGCGGUUUUAAACGAGGCCAGCUGCAAGGAACCAGCCGAGCCACUUGCAGUAGAAACUAUUGCACAGUUAUGCCAAGCUCCAAACCAGGUUGAAAUGAUUUACAAGAUUGUGUUGCAUAUGGCUGCGAACGAUAGAGCCUUGUUUGCCGAGGGCAGCCGCGGCUCGCCCAGGAGCUUGAAAGUCUACACUGGAGAGUGCAAUGUGGAGGAGCUAUACGACUAGAAGAUUAGAACAAACGGAGAACACUGAAAUAAGAUACUCGCGACAGGGAGAAUAAGCUCUACGAGCUACGUAGACUACAUUUUUUUUUUCGUAUCGACACAGAACAACACUCUAAAACAGCGAUCUCGACCAUUCAAACAAAAGGUCGAAGAUACCAUGUAAAUAAAUACUUUGACACUGAUUUCAAUCUUCUCUCGAAAACAAACGAUAAAACGAA